GCCUUAAAAUUACUCCGCCAGGGUUUCACCCCGGCCGGGGAUGCUGUGUUACAAAGGCCCUUGGGUCUCUUACUGGCCAUGGCGAGUAACAGGAGCAGCCUGACGGAGAAGCCCCAGGCUGGCUGGGACGACUCUGCCGGCGGCCCCCGCGUCUCGGUCGCCUGUUCCUGGGUGUGUCCGAGCGAUCUGGCGAGUGUUCUCUGCGUCGUCCCGGCGGGUGAAUUCGAUGCGGAGGAGCUUUCGGAACCCGCCCCGAACGGUCAGAAUCUUGUUGUUCUUGAAGAACAAAUAAAUGAUGACGGUGUAGUUCCCUGUUUACUGUACUUGCACUGUGAUCCAUGCGGAUCUGAAGAAAUUGUCAGUCUAAGUAUUAUAAGUGAAGCAAGGAACAUGGAAGUCUACUUAGGAGAUGAAUACUAUGGAACUGGAAGGGGAGAGCGAGUGUUUACUGUCAAACAUGGCAGCAAAGGUGACCAGGUUUCAUUAUACAAAAAAUAUCUUAAAUUGGAAUGUCCCACGGUUUCUUGUAAGAUUAAGCUAUUAUCCAUCAGUGAAAAACAAAGAGUACUCAUCAAUAAAAUCAUAGUACAAGUCCAGUCAGCCUGUGCAAAAACUGUGCCAAAUGUUACAUUAGGAUCAGGAAUAGACCUAGAUAAAGUACAAACUAUAAUGGAAUCAAUGGGAUCCAAAUUAUCACCUGGGGCACAACAACUCCUAGAUAUGGUUCGUUUUCAACAGAAGAAUGGAAUUUCUUUUGGAGGCAAGUUACAAACCAUCUUAGGAGGAAAUGGAUUUGUGUAUGGAAAAAAUCAUCCCAUUGAUGGAUUGAAAAAGACCUCUGACUUUGAACGGUUAGACCACUUGCCCAACGGACCUUCUCUUUUAAAAGCUAAUUUGGUAGCUAAAACAGUUGCAGAGGAUUUGAAUGCACACUCCAAGAUAACCAGACAGAUUACAGGUAAUUUAUUUGAGCUCCCUGGACUUCAGCCUUGUACUGUACAUUCUGAAAGUGACUGUAAAGGAUUGCUAGCAUCGUUUUUUCAAGAACAAAGAAAUGAAAAUUCAAAUAUACCUAAUUCCUCAUUGCUGCUUCCACUUCUUCAAACAGUCUGUGGUCAAGUAGAUCGUCUACCCACAGAUGAAAAGGAUAAAUGUUGUGAAAACAAGUUUGCUUCUCAGAAAGAUGGAAUUCAAACUGUUGGUUUAGAACAGAAGCAUAUUUGUCUGUAUUUGGAAAAGUUCAUGUCCAAAAAGAUUGACGUGACAGAGAAGAGAUUAAUGGAUUAUAUUGACCUACGUAUGCAAAAACUUCAAGAACAUGUUGAUAAUAAACUUGCUUCAAUCAUGGAUUUGGUUAAUAAUUUCAAUAUUGUUUCUCAAGAAUGUGAUCCUUUGAAAGAAGGAAACACAGAUGGGAAGAGGUAGGAAAUCCUUAUAAAAAUCAAAGACCUUAAUAUGUUUUAUAAGAGUGGGUCUGUAUUUUACAAACUUUUUGCUUAUAAGCUUGUAAACAUUUACAUCUCAAAUUUCGUACUUUUUCUGUAAUUUUUCAAGUAUGAUGUGCUAAUGUUAAUUGUUAUAUAUCUGUAAUGUGCAUAAUAAGUAUUUUUUACAUUUCAGAAUAUUUUCUACAUCUACUUAUGACCUAUUUAUUUGUAACUAUUUAAAAAUUAGUCUGGGGCAUGAUAAAUGUCUUACUAAAUUAUUUUGAAACAUUCUAAAUGUUUCAAAAUAAGUGCUUUGUAGCUUUAUCAACAUUUAACAAUAUUUUUAUAGUUAAGUGUAGGGUAAUUUCACAUAAAAUAAAUUAUAUCCAUUCAUUCUGGGUUCUAAAUAAAUCUUAGAAAAAAGCAGAUUAAUUAAGGGAAAGGAGUCAGUGUAUUUCAUUGGCACAUUCUGUAUCUGGUCUUGUUAUCCAUGUAGAACUUCUAGAUAUUUCAAAAUGUAUUUGCUCUGAUCUUAUUUUGUAUAUAUUUAUCUCUAUUUGACAACGAUUCAUGGGUAAAUACACAUAUGAUGAAUUUUUGUAGUACAGCAAUAGAAUCAAAUGAUUUCUGACAUCAAAAACUAUUUUUUCUCUAUGAUUUAUUCAUGUAUACUUUUCUUUAGUACUUUCCUUGAAUGAUUGUGUAUUAAUACAUAAACAAGGUUAAAGGGUUUGCCUGAAAAUAAAUUUAACGUGAAGGAGUUCAUGGAAGGAGAAUAUUCCUGGCCGUUUUCUUUCCCACAGCCAUCUGUGUUUCCUGAAAAAUUCACCAGAAGGAAAAAGAUGGGGGAAGAGAACAAUCAUAUUUAUGACCAUAGGUUUCCUCAAUUUCUGUUUCCUUUUUUUGGUAUCUGAUGUAACUGUGUGUAUGUGUGUUUUGUAUUUGGCUAUUUCCCUUCCAGAUGUGUUUAAUGCUAUAAUUCAUUUAUCUUAAAUGAAAUUAUCCUUUAAGGAAAAAUCAUGGAAAGACGACAGAACAUUCCAUUCAUAUCUCUGUAGAUGAAAAGCGAGUCAGGUGAAGAUCCUUGUUAGUUACUCAAUUUCUGGUAUCUGUAUCCAGUUUCUCGAGUAAUGAGACGCUUUGCUGCUAGACCAACCAGGAGUACUGUGUUUGUAGCCAACACAAUAAAUGCAAGGAUAUAUAGGGUCUGGGGCUGUGCAUUAAGACUUUCUUCUGGAUAAACUUCACUGGAAAUGGCUGAAUAUAAAAAAACAGAAGACAAAGAGGUUAAAGGGUCUUCACAAAUUCCAAAAUCAUGGAACAAUAGAAUAAAAUCUGUAAAAUUGUUGGCUAUAAUUUUUUUAACCGGUAUUUUAUGACUGAUUGGGUAGAGAUGGAGAUACUGGCAGUUCUGCUUGUCUGUAGUUCAGUGGCAGCAUGCUUUGAUUGCUAUUUAUAAUACUGAAAGUGCUCUUAAACAAUUCGCAAAAAAAAAAAAAAACCUGUUAAAUGUACUGAUGUAAUCAACUCCAAGAAAACAUUCUCACCUGAGCGAUCUAUGGAACUUUCUUCUCUUUUCAGUCUGAGGGGUCCAAUCACAGCAUCGCCUUUCCAUUUGUAGGAGGAAAUCUCUCUCUUAUGCCGAGAAACGCAACCUUUGGUACAGCGAGAAUUAGAAUCCUUGCUGUCACAAAUUAAAACUUCACAGCGAAGAUAAACGGAUGGGUAAUGUUUUAGAAAUCUGAAGGACCUGAAGCUGAAUCUCCCGUAAUGCUCAGUGAUGGGAUAGGCCAUAAAAGUAUCAUCCUUAGUGCAGCUGAAAUAGAAUUUUCAGAUUAUUUUAUCAUGAUUAAUAAUAUGCAUUGAUAUAUUAUGCUUAUCAGAACUGUAAAAGUUCAAGAAUGGGUUCUUUUAAGGCAAAAAAAGUUUCAGUCCUACAUCUAUUUCUUUCCUUUGGCACAUGGAUUCUUUCAAUCUGUAGUUACCCCUCUUAUAUUCUGUCCAGAAGGUUACUCAUGUUAGUCUGUUGCAUGUGUACAAUAAAGCCAUGUGAGAUGUAUUACAAUUUAUAUGCUUGUAGUUAUUAAUCUAUUUUAUCAAAUGCCUGGAGUCUUUUGAGCAGAUUAUUAAAUAUAUGUAAAGGUGAAUGAAUGGCUAUAGCCACACUGUACCACUUUUGUUUAUAAACAA